AUGUUUAAAGACGACUUCAACGUUGCUAACAAGCUUGAGACAAGUUCUGCUGUUAUUGCUGGUGGCGCAACUGCUGCAUGGGCAUAUUUCUCGGGAAGUGGGUCUGCUAAGAGAUAUAUGAUCCCAGGAGAUUUGGACUUUGGCCCUGGUACACUUUUAGCCAAUAAUACAGCUGCUGGUAGGGAGGUCUGGUAUAAUCACACACUAGAAGUUUAUUCAGCGGUAUCUGACGCCCUCAAUGAGCACGGUUUGAGUUCUCUUCAUGUGACAGCUCCACCAGCUGGUAUUUACAUCCAACACGAAGGCAAUUGGGAACAUCAUGCGUAUGCUUUACACAUGGUCGGUUCAGACCAUAACAAAGUCGCGGUAAUACAUGCAGACGAUCUUAGCACCG